ACUUGAAGUUUCGUUUCAUGUGCGGACUUUCAGUAUUUCGGUCGCAUUGCGAUAAUUGUUCCAAUAUUCUUCGAUAUAAACAUCUUCUGUUGAAAAAGCAACGUCGAAAAUGCCUGAAAAUGAAAAGUUAGUCCCAUGCUACAACCGUGGUUGUGGCAAACAAUUUGACACAAAUCAAAAUGACAAAGAUGAAUGUCAGCAUCAUCCGGGAGUUCCCGUGUUCCACGACGCCUAUAAAGGAUGGUCAUGCUGCAACAAAAAGAGUGUGGACUUCACUGAAUUCCUCAAUAUAAAAGGUUGCACUCUAUCGAAGCACUCGAAUGUGAAACCGCCAGAACCAGAAAAGAAAGUUCUUGAUAAAGAGCUUGAGAAAAAGGAUGUGAUAGAAGUUCGAGCCCCAAUAGUUGGGCCGCAACUGACUCGGCCUCCUUUUGACACUCCUAUGGUAGCACUUGAAGCCCGUAUUGCUGAUUCACUCAAACAGCUUGUCCAGAAUUCAGAAAAACCAGCUGCUGCAGUUGAUGACGGAAAUGUGACCAUUGGUACAAGUUGUAAGAAUGGUGGCUGUUCUACAUCAUAUGAUGGUCCUCAGACAAACGACACAAUAUGCACUUAUCAUCCAGGUUGUCCCAUAUUCCAUGAGGGGCUGAAGUUUUGGUCUUGUUGUCAGAAGAGGACAACUGACUUCAAUGUCUUCCUAAGUCAGCCGGGGUGCACUACAGGCUCUCAUAAAUGGACUAAAGAAGGCCCUGCUGCAGGCACAGUGAAAUGUCGCUGGGACUGGCACCAGACGCCCGACUACGUGAUCGUCAGCGUGUACGCUAAGAAGUACGACCCCACCCUGAGCUACGUCAAGCUGAACCCCAUCAGGUUGAACACCAAAUUGGUAUUUAGAGAGGAGGGAGAUGCCGUUUUUGAAUUGGACCUUGAACUUCGUGGUGUGAUAAGCAUUGAAAACAGUAUUGCAUCAAUGCUGCCUUCAAAAGUCGAAAUCAAGCUGAAGAAAGCAGAACCUGGGGCCUGGGCAAAACUGGACUUCCCUAGAUCAGAACAAAAGAAGGAGGAACCCAAACCACAGGAACAAAAACCUAUUGAAGACGAUUCUGUUGACCUGUCUACUGUAGAAGCUAUACGGUCUAUUGGACAAGUAAAUAUGACUGAAUAAAAUACCUUCCCGAUUGAUUGUUGGCGCGAUUAAUUGCGUGUUUACAUUUUAUUCGUGAAAGGUGAACAUUGUGCUUGUCAGACUCCCUCUGAUUUUUGUGAAAAAUACUAACUAAAUGUUGAGUAAUGCCGAUGGGACUACUAUGAUUGGAUAAUAUGUAUUUUGUAUCUAAUGUUACUUUUGUAAGAACUAUCUACAAUAAAUCCUUCGAAUAACU